AUGGACGACCUUACAGACUUGACAGAGUGCUGUAGGUCCUUUGCCAUUGGCGUUUAGCGAGUCACAUGGUGUCAGGAAGGUGAUAUGAGGGUGGAAGGCAGUUUUACAGCUUUGACAUACAACCUGAGGGUUAGGGCAAGGGGAGCACCAAUUAAUGACUGCUCAGUCUUAAUCAACUCUGCAGAAACAAAAGGCCUGGGCAGGAUGAACUCUUACUUAGACUACCCCGUGUGUAACCGGGGAGCAAAUAUUUUCAAUGCCAAGGCUGGAUACCACAAUUUGAACCAUGGAUACAUGUCGCCUUUACCCUCCAGUUCGUGCGCAACAAGUGAUAGUUAUGCAUCGGACGGGCGCUUAGUUGCCGCAACUUCGGCACCCCAUCAGACUCCGAGCCACCCUCUGCACCACCAGACACACGUCAACUUGGAUCUGCAGUUUGCAGCCCCUGGGAACUCGAUGUAUGGUGCGCAAAUUGGGCCAACUUUGGAGUAUGGACAUCAUCAGUAUGCUCUCGGUCACGAGCAGGAACGGGGGUUCAUUCAUGCGCAAGUUUCACCCAUUGGAACAAACAUGGCUCCCUAUGCUGGGGACAGUUGUGGGCCUGGAGUGGCGUCGAGCAGCCAGUAUCUACAUUUCAGCCACGGAGAGCAGAGGCAGCAAGACUAUUCAGAGAGCCUGUACUCAAGGUUACCGCCCCAAAAUAACAAGGAGAGGGAUUUGGAUCAGGCAGAACAGACUAAUAAAACAUUCGACUGGAUGAAAGUGAAAAGGAAUCCCCCCAAAACAGCAGUCCUGUCUGAGUACGGAGUUCCCGGCCAGCACAACGUGAUCCGCACCAACUUCACCACCAAGCAGCUGACUGAGCUGGAGAAGGAGUUCCACUUCAACAAAUACCUGACCCGGGCACGGAGGGUCGAGGUCGCCGCCAGUCUGGAGCUCAACGAGACGCAGGUGAAAAUCUGGUUUCAGAAUCGCAGGAUGAAGCAGAAGAAACGCGAGAAACAGGGCAGCGUCUUGGUCAAUAACCCCGCACCUGUGGAGAAAGCCCCUGACAGCACCCCUCCAAAGGUGAAAGGAAAUGAUUGUGAACUCUAAUGUGACUUCCAUAAAUGUUUAUGGGGCCUAGGCAAUUUUCGCAUCCCUCCCUCAGUCACACCAUUCCAGAUAAACUGUGAAAAAUGCUUGUGGACUUGUGGAGUAUAACAGGGUGUGUGUGUGUGUGUGUGUGUGUGUGUGUGUGUGUGUGUGUGUGUGUGUGUGUGUGUGUGUGUGUGUGCUUAUGUGCUUAUAUAGUGCAUUGAUUUCUGAAUAGGAUCCUGAGAUACUUUGAUAUGCCUCUCUUCUGUUGUUGCAUUUGUAACCUUCCUAUCCUGCAUAA